UUAACAUUCCUACAAGAUGUUUAUAAUUUCUUGAGUCCAACUUUAGCCGCUUAUCGAUAUUAACGGCCUCCCCCCGUCUCAUCGUGGCGUGGGUGUGACUCUGGGUGCCGAACUGCGAAGUACAGCGGAGGUUUAUUCUCCAGCAGGGUCCCCCAAGAUUUCGGACCAAAAGGACACUCCAACCACUCGCCAUGGAGACUGUCUCAUGCUCUGCACCUACAACACUAGGACAGUUUCCACGAAAGCCGAUCUUCACGACGUUCUCGAAGCUGCAAGGCGCGUAGACUACUACGUAGUCGCCUUGCAGGAAAUAAAGUCUAAGAAGACGGACGUGACGCAGCUGAGUGAUGGCACACUCAUCAUUCGUGGUGAGAAAGCAUCAUUCAGAACGCUGGAGACGCCGGAUUUGUCGUCCACCCAUCUGAUGCCUAUCUUGUCGAUUCCCACGAGAUCCUAUCAUUUCCUGCUGAUGACUCGAAACUUGAUGCUUUUUAUGGGGAUUUGGAGGAAGUCAUCUGCAAAGAGAAGUCCUUCUACAAAAUUGUCGUUGGUCACUUCAUCAAAAAUCGGGAUGUCAGAAAAGAGGAGCACUGGAUCGGGAGAUUUGGAUCAGGACUCCGGAAUGAGAAUGGGAACCGUCUCGUUGGCUGCCGCACGCCUUUUUCAUGGCAAAUUAUCUUCAAGAAGAAAGAACACCGGUGCUGGACAUGAGUUACCCAACGGUACAACUUAUGCGGAGAUCGACCACAUUCUCGUCAACCGAAGAAGAAAGAACACGCUGGACAUGAGUUACCCAACGGUACAACUUAUGCGGAGAUCGACCACAUUCUCGUCAACCGAAGGUGGUGCUUACUGGACGUCUCAGUCGUACCAUUCUCCAGCAGUGGUUCGCAUCACCGCCUCCUUCGAGCAAAAGUGCGAUUCAGCCGAAAGUUUGUCCGAGAAAGGUUUGUCGCCAUGUUGGAAAGAGAAGAGAAUUCGUAGGCCCCUGACCACUUGUGAUUGCCCCAUUGAGGAGGACCCAACUAAAGACUAUGACCUCUUCUUAGAGGCUAAGGGCCUAUGGUGA